ACGUUCACAGGCAGUCAAACAAACGAGUAGCUUUACCUUGACGACGAAUAUAAAACUACGUCAGCAGUUGGCUUCCCUUUGCGUACCUCUCGUUUUACACAUAAAAACUGUGAAUAGGAAGACCACUUUGUCGCAUUUUCAAGCGCGAGGAGAAGCGAAAAGGAGUCGUGAGUGGCAAAAAACAAACAAAAACGUGUGGGGGAACUUCCGGGAUUCUUCCUGUUUGUUGACCUCUUUCCUUCACUGCAUCUCUCCUGGCAACAGCACUUAAAUGGCGACAGCUUACCGAAAAACAGCCCCGUCAACGAGCCAAAAGAAGAAAUCUAGCUCGAAAAUCGAGCUGAGCGAGGAACAGAAGCAGGAGAUCAAGGAGGCUUUCGACCUGUUUGACUCUGAUGGCACUGGCAAGAUUGACGUCAAAGAGCUCAAGGUUGCAAUGAGAGCUCUCGGCUUCGAACCCAAGAAGGAAGAAAUCAAGAAGAUGAUCGCCGACAUUGACAAAGAAGGUUCUGGAACCAUUGACUACAGCGACUUUCUCAGCAUGAUGACGAUGAAAAUGAGCGAGAAGGACUCCAGAGAGGAGAUCAUGAAGGCGUUCCGACUGUUCGACGACGACUGCACGGGGAAAAUCUCCUUCAAGAAUCUGAAGAGAGUCGCCAAAGAGUUGGGAGAGAACCUCACAGACGAAGAACUGCAGGAGAUGAUCGACGAGGCCGACCGAGACGGAGACGGCGAAGUCAACGAGCAGGAGUUCUUGCGGAUAAUGAAGAAAACUAACCUUUACUGAUGAAAAACCGUUCAAACCUUUUUUUUUUUUUUUUUUUUUUUUUUAUAAAAUACUCGCAGCCUUGUUUUCCAAUUUAGUGUGUAAAUAGACUUCUUUAGAAGCCCCCCCCCCCUUUCCCCCUUACAUUAAAAUUACACUUUUUGAACAUAGCCGGUGUAUGACUAUUAUUUUUCAAGUCAGCAGAAGUGGAUGAAAGAUGAGUCAUUUGGGGAGAGCUACUCUCACUUCACACACUAAAAAGACAAAUGUUUAUGGGGGAAAAGGCUGACUAGGUCGACUUUCAGCCCAAACCUCGUCGCAACAAACAGGAUACUGUUGUGAUGUUGCUUUUCCGACAGGUAUGACAAUAGUUUUUUUUUUUUUAACAGAUUCCUUCCACUGUUUUGAACACAUAGGUGGAAAAUAAAACAUUAAGUAUGACAUGAGUACAGCAUCAAAUAAUUUGCAUCAAAAGUGUGUAGUCCCCCCCCCCAGAAGUCCUGGAAGUUGCUUCAGGAAUCCAUUUGUGCCAUUUGUUUUAUGCAAUUGUUACACGUUAUUUAAUACAACACAUCUGAUGAAAAAAAAAGAAUAGGACAUUUAUAUGCCAAUAAUUCAAUAAUAAUAAUACAUUGAUACAACUAAAAGUGACAAGCUGUAUAAUAUUGAAAUGUAAUAUAUAAUUCAAAUAACGUCCCUUUUUAUUUA